GGGGCCGCAGCGCGUGCUGGGAGCCGGGCCGGCGGGGCAGGGAGCGGCGCGGAGCUCCGCGACCCACGGCGAAGUGGGGCAGCGCAGCGCGCAGAGGCAGCUUAAGGCUCCUGCGGGCGGCUCCUCCUGCACGGGCCGAAGAGCGGCGGGAGCGACCCGGGCAGGCAGCGUCCCUGGAGCUGCGGCACACAGCGGUAAUGAUCCCGGCUGGGGCAGGUAGAGCCCUGUUCGUGCUACUCACAGCAAAGAGAAGGCUGUGCGCCAGCUGCAGGCUAACCAUGUCUUUAAGUUCAUCUACAAUUCUAAAUGAAGAAAACUCUCAAGGACCAAAAAGAAAUACUGCACGUUUGGGAAGUCUAGAACUGCAGACUCCAUCAUCAUUUCAAGAUAACCCGCUUCAAAAAUUACAGUUAGCAUCACAGGAAGUACUUGAAAAGGCAAAGAAAAGUGGGAGAUCAAAAUGCCCACGAUGCAGUAGCUCAAGGAUGUUUUAUUGUUACACAUGCUUUGUUCUUGUUGAAACUGUCCCUACCACAGAAAUCCCAACAGUGAAGUUACCUUUGAAGAUUGACAUUAUUAAACACCCAAAUGAAAGUGAUGGCAAGAGCACUGCUGUGCAUGCUAAGCUCCUGGCUCCUGAUGAUGUUACAAUUUACAAGUACCCUUGCAUUCCAGAAUACAAAGAAAAAAGACAUGAAGUGGCACUUAUCUUUCCUGGCCCCGAUUCAGUUUCAGUAAAAGACAUUGCUUUCCAUCUCCAAAAAUACUCCAGGAAAGGUGUUUGUGACACUGAUGAUGACUGUUCCAAAGAGCCGUUUCUUAAGAAAGCAAGAGUAGAACCUACAGAAGAAAAAGAUUUAAAUGAAUGCAACUCAAGCAACAUGAAUGAAGGCACUAAACUGAAGAAAAUAGUAUUUAUUGACAGUACCUGGAAUCAAACUAAUAAAAUAAUAACCGAUGAAAGACUUCAAGGGUUACUACAAAUUGAGUUGAAAACAAGGAAAACUUGCUUUUGGCGUCAUCAGAAAGGAAAGCCAGAUACAUACCUUUCCACAAUAGAAGCAAUUUAUUAUUUCUUCGUGGAUUAUCACCAGGAGAUUUUGAAAGAGAACUACAAAGGACAAUAUGAUAAUCUGCUUUUUUUCUUUUCAUUCAUGUACACAUUGAUUAAAAAUGCCAAGCGUGGCACAGGAAAAGAAUAAACUGUCUGUCUAUAGGUAACAACCUUUUAUUUUGUUUCUUUUGUAAUGAUGAUCUAUCGUAAUAAUGUAAUUUUACCUGACUGAAAUCUCAAAACAGAUGGUUCUCUUAGUCAUGGCUAAGAGUUUUCCUCUAAAAGUAACUUUAUGUGUGCAUAACAUGCACAGAGAAGGAUACAAAACUACUCAGAUUAGUCUGAUUUUAAUUAUUUAUUUGAAUAGAAUUAAUGGUUUACUAAAUACUGUACUGUUUGAACCUGAUCUGCUAAUCACAAUGAAUUUCUUCAGGUGGGGAUUGGAGAAGUUGGCCUUUGUCCCAUGUACAUCUAAUUCUAAAAAAGCAUUUGGCAUGCUAGCUUCUUUUAUUAUUUAUGUUUUGGAUGUUUCAUAUGUUUUAUCCAGUAUAAUUGAUUUCAGUUACAUGACUUCAAAAACGUCGUGAAGUUAUUAGGAUGGUAUUUAAUAGAGGACUGGGGACAACAGUAAAUGAAAAGCCACACUGAGAAAAUGGAGUAUAAAUUACAUACUUGAUGAUUGACUCCAGAAAAUUGUCCUUGUAAUAGAAAAGAGGUCUCUGUCAUUGUACAGUGCAUGAUUUCUAUAGUACCAUUCACAUACUGUUGUAUUAAAAUUAUUCUCAAUUUCCUGCAUAAUUGUCGACUCCUUCAAACAGAAUCCAAGUGUUUACAUAAGUUCAUUAUUAUUUUGGGGAACACUAACUUUAUGGGUUAACGUUAAAGAAUAUCAUAGUAAAAUUUUGUAGAUGCCAUCUUCUUAUACUCUAAGCAGCAGAAAGGGCUCAUGGAACACCCUUGGACUUACCUGAAAAUGUAGAUCUUUUUUCAGGACCUAAGCUAAAUGUACAAAGACAAGAAGUAUGAUAGACUGUGGUUCUGACCUCAGCAUUCCUGACAGGACUUCCUUAACUUAGGCAGACCGUGAAUCUACUGUGUUAUUUCUUUUGCAGCAUUGUGCACAUUUGCAUGGCAUAAAUAAGACUGUCUUUUCUGAUUUCAUUUUUGCUGGUAUGCAUAGGACUGCUGGCAGAGUCAUCGUGUGUGAGUGUAAUUGUGUGUGUGCCUUUGCCAAGCUCUAGCAGUAAAGGUAGUGCUGGCAGAGGUACUGAAUCUGGAUCUGUUACUUUACGAGCAAAAUUGUAUAUAUGUUUUUUUUUUUAAAUCAUACUAGGUUGUUCUGCCAAAUAAAAUUAUGUUGGUAAAAA